UUAGAUAAUAAUAUAUAGUUUGAAAAGAAUCGCCAAAUUUUAGAAACGCGAGAAAUUUUGCCAAUUUUCAGUAUAAACAUAUAUUAUGAUAGAAUUGUUUCUUUAUGUGGAAAUUCUUUCCGAGUCAUAAUUUUCCCAAUUUUAAGGUGAAAUACUGUGUAUAACAUCCUAAAUUUACUGUAAACCAAAGUGAAUCUGCUUUAUAUUAAAUGUAAAUAUGGGAAUAUAGGUCGUAUUAGUUAGAAAAGCUGUUCAGCAUGUUAAAGUUUACAAGAACAACAAGAACAACAACAUAGCAAUCAAAAAUUGUAGAAAUAGAAUAUUAUUUAUAUGCAACUUGCAAAAUUUUGUUUAAACUUUGGUAUUCUAAUUGUACAUUAAUAAAAAUGGAGGACUCAGUUUAUAAUUUUGAAAAAAUCAAUCGAAAUAUGGAUCAAAUACCAGGUCGACAAGAUCUUGUGAGUUUUUUUGAAAGAAAUAACAUAUCAAAAUAUCUAGAGAUUUUUCCGAAGACUGUAAACUUUGCCUAUUUUAAAACUAUGAGUGAAGACGAUUUUAAUGAGUAUGGAGUUUCUAAUGAAAAUGAUAUGAAAGUUUUAAUUAAUGCUGUUGAAAAAGCAGUUUCAGAAGAAGAUCAGGAUGAGCUUCGAUAUGAUUCACAAAACUCUUUACCUGCAAACUCAUCAGAACAUCCCAACUUAUAUACAUUGGAACCUGAAGAAAUCAAACCAUCAUUCGGUCGUUCAACUAGCUCUGAUGUUUUUCAGCCUAUACAAAAUGAUGAACCUGUAUCAAAUUUGUUACGCAUGCGCAAUAAUAGCUCACUUGGAAAUUCAGACCCAUCAUUAUCACUUAGUGCUGGAGAACAACUUUUAUCAAGACGUUUUAGUAUAUGUAACAUUAGUCCACGUCGUCCUCGCACUCUUUUACCACAUUCUCCUUCUCCUCCUCGUGCAUUAUCGCCUGUUGGGAACGACUAUUCAAAGAAUUUAUCUUCUAGCACUUUGCAUGCACCAAUACCAAUUUUACAUGCAAAUAAUAGAAGUUUUCAAAGUGGGCGAAGGUGGUCAGUUGCUUCAUCAGGUUACAGUACAAAUACCCAGUGUUCAUCUGAGUUUUCUUCUCAAACUUCUUCACAAGAGAAACUCAACUUAUUGAUGUUUGAUGAUAAUGCUUAUGCUCGGCAACAAAGCUUAUAUUUCCUUGCUAGUCAUGAUAGUACAUUUAGUGAUGUUGAUGAUGAAAUUUCAAGUGCUCGUUCACCAAAGCCAUUCCGAGGAAGAUCUAGAAGCUUAAGCCCAACAAGAAAUGAAAAUGAAUUGUUCAUACUAAAUAAACUGUACAUAGAAAGAUUUCCCAAGGCUAAACAACAAAUGGAGGAGAAUUUACGACAAUUCAUUGCUAUGAAUUCCAAUGAUACUGUUGAAAGUAACUUUUCUGAUGCAGCCAUAAGUUUUGUAUCUCAUCAAAUUGUAGAAAUCGCAAAGACAGUUUUAAAUAUCUCAGAAGAUCCUGAAAAAAAUAUCACUAGUGGUUUCUUUUAUGGAAUAUCCGAGUCUCUUGAUAAGUUACUCCAAGAGGUUAAAUACAAAACAAAUAGUGCAGAUAUUGAGCAUAUUAACAAAAUGGUACCUAGUCUAUUAAUGAUUUUUUCACGUCCAGCACGACUUCUGGAAUGUUUAGAGUUUGAUCCAAGCAGUUUUUACACACAACUUGAAUUAGAGCAAGUAGCUAUUUCAGAACAACAUGUAGACAUAGACAUGACUCAGUACAUACGAAAUAAGCUUGGCAUUGUUGAAGUGAAACCUGAGGAAACUGAAAAAACUACUGUUCGUAAGCAUUCUAUAAUUGCUGAACCUAAAGAAGAAGACUUCACGCUUAUAAAAGUAAUUAGCAAUGGUGCAUAUGGUUCAGUUCAUUUGGUUCGUCAUAAAGCAACAAAGCAGCGCUUUGCUAUGAAAAAAAUGAGUAAACAUCAUCUCAUGCAUAAAAACCAGGUUCAACAAAUUUUCAAUGAAAGAGAUAUAAUGACAUUUGCACAAAAUCCAUUUGUAGUCACCCUGGUGUGCACAUUUGAAACAAAGAAAAGUUUGUGCAUGGUCAUGGAAUAUGUUGAAGGAGGCGAUUGUGCAUCACUGUUAAAAAAUAUUGGAGUUAUGACUAUUGAUCUUGCGAAACAAUAUUUUGCAGAAACUGUUCUAGCAGUGGAAUAUAUUCAUGAGUAUGGCAUUAUACAUAGAGAUCUGAAACCAGAUAAUUUGCUCAUCACUGCUCUGGGGCAUAUAAAAUUAACAGAUUUUGGCCUUUCCAAGAUAGGACUCAUGAAUGUGACAACAAACAUUUGUGAACAGACAACAAAUCAGUUUAACGAUUUCACUGUGUUUGGUACACCAGACUAUAUUGCUCCUGAAGUCAUUUUAAGAAAGGGAUAUGGCAAACCAGUUGAUUACUGGUCUUUGGGUGUAAUCUUGUAUGAGUUUUUAGUUGGCGUUACUCCAUUUUAUGGUGAUACUGUUGAGGAUGUGUUUGACUCAGUACUUGUUGGUGAAAUUGAAUGGCCAGAAGGAGAAGAAGCUUUACCCAUUGAAGCUGUGGAACUAAUAAAAGCACUUUUAGUAAAUAAUCCAAUGGACAGGCUUGGGACAGGAGGAGCGUUUGAAGUAAAAGAACAUAAAUUUUUUAUAAAUAUGAAUUGGAAUCAUUUGUUGCGUGUGAAAGCAGAGUUUGUACCUGUAUUAGGAGAUGAAGAAGACACAAGUUAUUUUGAUACACGAGAAGAUCGCUAUAAUCAUUUUAUCAGUGAUGAAGAAGAAAAUGAUGAAGGUGAUAUUGAGCUUGGCAACUUUUCCUCGUGUUCUCCGAGAUUUUCUAGAAUACUAAGUUCUGUUGAUAAUGAAUUGAGUAAAGAAGUUCGAGAUUUGCAACAAUCUGCUAAAGAAGUAAACAGCAUAAAAGAACAUUUUGAUGAAAUCUCAGAAGAAACUGACAAAAUAGCUCAUCAAAGUUCAAUCAACAUUUCUGAAAAAACAUGUUUGAUACCUGAUGAAGAAGAUGGUAAUGAUCACAACAUGAAACUUUUACAAUUUCAAAGAAAUAUCUCUUCACCCUACAAAGAUAAAAGUGAAACAGAUAGUGGUACAAUGACAGAUAGUGGUGCAAUGACAAGCAGUUCUCUUGAUAGCACAAGUAGUGGCAAUUUUAUGAGACAAACAUCUCUUGAUACAAAAAAACGAUUGGAUGAUUCUGAUAGAGAAACAGAUGGUAGUAACAGUAGUUGUGAUCUUUCACCACGGCGCUUUCUUUCAACUGCAACUUUUACAAUGCAACGUGUUCCUAGUCCUAAACAACCGUCUCCUUUAGUAAUUGAUACCUCUCGUGAAGAUGAUUUGACAAUGCAGGGUACUUCUUCAGUUUUAUCUGAGCCAAAUACUCCUUUAGGUAAAUCCUCAAAAUUAGUAUGUCACAACAAACUUCAUCGUACUAAAUCAACACCACCAAUGCUUGAUUUUAGUCGUGCUGUUCCUGAACUAGAUCUGGCUGAAAAAGAGUUAAUUAAAAAAAGAACCCGUAGAAGAAACGCUCGUGGUAGUUUUCAAAAACUUAGAUCUGAAGCUUGUUCACCACCUCCAGAAAAUCCAACAGAAACACUUAAUAUUGUUAGUCCUACUUCUAUUCGACCAUCAAUUGUAAUUGAGCGAGGUAACCUUGCUCUUGGUUUUUCACUUAAAGCUAUAAGAGUAUACAUCGGUAACACAUCCAACUAUACUAUGCAUCAUUUAGUAGAGAGUGUUGAAGAAGGCAGUCCUGCAUACGAGGCAGGUUUAAGAAUCAAUGAUCUUGUCACACAUAUUAAUAAUGAAUCCAUUCAAGGGUUGCAACAUGUUGAAGUUGUCAGAUUGAUCCUUCAGGGCGGUGAAACUAUUAGCUUAAGUGUUACUGAACUUGAUAAAACUUCUAUACGCACAGGAAGAAAAAGAAAAUCUAUCGGUAAUAGAGUAAUAACGCGACCUAGAUCGCAAUCUAGAAGUCGCAUAAAUCUUACAGAUGAAACUAACCGUUUAACAAGUAAAAGGUCGCCUUUGUUUCGGCGUAUUCGGCGAAACCCUGUUCGUAAAACCUCUUCUAUAAAACGAGUUAACAAAAAAGGUUCAUUUAGAGUUAAUGCCCAAACCUCAGAAAAUGACUCAGCGGCAAGCUCUACGCCUUCAAGUAUAUCUCCUAAUUCAAUGACUUCCAGACCAGCUUUUCUCCAUUGUGUAUUUCCUAAACUUGCUCGGUCCGUAAUGCAUUCUCCUCGUCGUCGCUCUGUAUCUGGUAUACCUGUUUCGCCACUGGCUCGUGCACCUCAAUCUUCAGGUCGCAGUCCAUCUCCUCUGACAACUAUGUCAAGUCAUACUCUCGUUUCUCCGACAAAUUCUUUCUCAAGUCAUAAUAAAAUUACACUUAGAUUAAGUUCGCCAGUUCUGCGGCGAGCACGAUCUCCUGAUUCUCUUGCUCCGACAAAACUUGAAGAUGCUUUGAAUCAAGCAUACUUAAACGUAGACAACGACGAUCGUCGAGUUACUCGUACUCAAUCAAUGAAAGAAUCAAAAGUUAGAAAAGGUUAUUACUCAAAGAUUGAUCGAGGGGUUAACGAUGGAUGACCAAGUUGGUUUUCGAUAAUUUCGUUACAUUAAGUUGCAUUUUAAUGAUACAAUUUUUUAAUAAAAUUUGAAAAUAAAAAUUUUUUUUAAGUGCAAAUCUUCGAAAACUAAUAUUAUUAAUUUGUAUUUAUAUUUAACUCUUGUAAAUAUAUAGAAUAUUUUUU